UGAAUAAGAUAAAACAUGUAUCUGGCUGGUUUAUUAAAGAGUUAUCUAGUCUUCGGAUGAGCUUUCUACUAGCUAGAUGCUAGCAGUUAGCUGUGGGACACUAUCAGCGGUCAAGUGCACAUAACUAAUGGGUACAUCAACGUCCGACACCUCGUUUGUUUGGCAUUUAAAACUCUUUAUCCAAUGCAAACAUAUUCCUAACCUGAAGUUGAAUCGGCGAAAGUGGAAUCAAGGCUUUGCCACCGGCGUCUCGCUAGCCCGACGGAUCAGGUAACAGACGAGGAGCCGCUCAGGUAUAUUAUCGCGAGAUCAGGAACUAACGCGAGACGAUGAUGAGACGAGGACAUGGCGUGCGCUCGGGAUUUCAAAGAAACGUCCUUAAUAAUGACGCAUCGUCAUAUCCGGGUUCUGGUCAUUCAACGAUGACAACAAGAGAAAAAGUAAAACGGAAGAAAAAAAAAAUAACACAUACAUUAUAAUGCUAUAGUUUCAUCGAGUUUAAACAAUCAUGUAUUACAGAUUCAUGUAAAAAUAAUAAUAAAAAAAAGGAAUUUACGUUGUAAACAGAUAAUUACCACUGUAGAAAACAUGAUCUAUGCAUAAUCUGUUUACAAUGUAAACAACACAAUGAUGAAUUACACAAAACGAAUUUUACUUUGCAAAAGAAUAUUUCUGUUCUCAUGAACUGUUAUUCAGUGAUUUAUAAUGUGCGUCAUAUUAUUUUAAAGCUAUAGAAUGAAAGUGGCACUGUUUAAGUUGCUAGUUUGAAUUAGCUCUCUAAUAUAGUCAAACCAGCUCCAGCAGACUGCAGAACACACACAGGGGAAGGUAAUGUAUUGGGUCAAAGUCCAAAGGGAAGAUUGAAUCAGUCAGCCACAAAGCCUCGACCAAAAACCUCCAGCUGCGUGUUACGAACCUUCUGCAAUGGAGAUUCCAGUUUUUACAGUAGAUGCCUUCACCAAUUUACCUUUCAAGGGCAACCCUGCAGCCAUAUGUCCACUCCUGCAUGAGCUGAAUGAUGAAUUGUAUCAGAAAAUUGCCACAGAGAUGAACCUGUCAGAAACGGCUUUCAUAACCAGGAUUAACCCCUCAGACGACUUCAUGAAUGCAUCAAGAUUCCGCCUUCGUUGGUUCACACCAACAAACGAAGUGAACUUGUGUGGGCACGCCACACUCGCCGCCGCUGCCGUCUUGUUCCAGCACAAGAAAAAUGUCAAUUCCAGACUGGUGUUUGAAACCAAGAGUGGAGAUCUGUCGGUUCGACAGCUGGACGAGAACUUUGUGAUGGACUUCCCACUCAACACACCCACAAAGCAGGAUCCCAAUAACUUCAGAGACGUUAUCAAGGUCAGUCAGCUAGCCAUUCUAUUUUUUGAUGAUGCUGUGCGGAUUGCGUCCAUAACCCAUGAUUCUGUCCCUGUGAUGCAGGCGGCUGUGGGAGACCACCUAGUCCAAGACGUGUAUCUCAAUGAUCGUACCAAAAAAUUGCUGGUGCGACUUGCUGACAGCUGUGACAGGACAGUGCUAACCAGCCUGAGAGUCGACCCUGCUGCUCUCUUGAGCAGUGAGAGAAGCGGCACUGUGAAAGGACUCAUCGUCACUAUGAAAGGAUCUCCAGACCUCCAGCCAGGAUAUGACUUCUACUCGAGGUAUUUUGCUCCGUGGAAUGGAAUUCCUGAGGAUCCUGUUACUGGAUCAGCACACACAGUCCUGGGCAGCUACUGGUCGUCUGCACUGGGAAAGAAGAAACUGCUUGCGUACCAGUGCUCCAGUCGAGGAGGAGAGCUGGAGCUGGAGAUCAGAGAUGACGGGAGGAUCAACAUCACUGGGCGAGCCGUCACUGUGCUGCAGGGAACUAUCACGCUGUGAAAGAAGCUCAACCAAAGAAAACAUCACCUCACAACUUUAUUUCAUGUACAAGACAAGAGACGAACACAAUUACAUAUUGGAAUUAAAAUAACAUUAACAAAUGAGGUGGACUCACGGUUGAUGAGAUAGAACAACACAUAUAUCACAUCUAAAUAUCACCAGCUUAUUGUGAUAGCUUAAUACAAUCUAUGUAAAAUGAUGAGUGUUCUUGAUAUGGAAAAACGAUUACAAACAAAAACCACACUCUUCUCUCCUUCCUUGUAGCCGAGCUUGUGAUCGAGUCGUAAGGCUUGGGAGACGGACAAACCCAAACUUUUUCAAACAUCCAGUUAUGUUAUUCCAUGUUAAACCGAACAAGGAAAUGAGCGGGUGAUUCCUGCCAGUGUCACAGUCUUCAGUAUACUUAUCUUCUCAUUCACAGAGCUACAUUUCAUAAACCAGCGACGAGAUCAGAAAAGAUUUCAUGUCGGAAGUUCAUUGCAGUCCUCUGCUCCACGGCUGCUGCAGUGAGCGAGUCACAUCACAGGUGCAUGUUGGGUAGCUCCUUGUGAGCCGAUGGUGGAAGUUGGAUGAUGUGGAGUCAGAAGUUCAGGAAAACAAAGUGCACUGCACAUAUAAGCUGGAGGUUCAAUCUGCAACAUCCUCUGAUGCCUUCAAAUA